AUGGACACAGUUGACCUGGCCCUGUCCUCAGAAGAGGCCAAAAAAUAUGCAGAGAAUGAGCCUCAGCUUCGGUAUGAGACUGAGAAACUGAGUGAAGAUUCCUUUGACUGUGAAUUUUAUCCCAACAGAACAUUGAUAACCUAUGCCAUCAUAAUUGUCACACUAGAAAGUAUCUGCCAAUUUGUUUACGAUGUGCCUUGGGAUGCACCUGAUGUAUCUGAAAAUAAAGCGAAGGACUCCGUCAGGAUCUUCACAGCACUGCGUGCUAUGCUGCAAAGUCAUGGUUAUCCUGUGAAAGGAGGCAAAGCUAAAACAUCGCAGAGUGCUGCUGCCCUUUCACAGAAGAAGAGAGGCAAAGUCAAUCCAGAAGCCUCUAGAGAGAAAUCUAAUUGGAUUCCAUCACUUCCUAGCUAUGAAGAGUUCAACCAGGUGGUGCUACAAUCAUUAGAUGGCUUUAUGAUAAUAGUGAGCACAGAUGGAGUGAUAAUUUUCGUGACUGACAACAUCUCUUCUCUCCUUGGCCAUUUACCAGGUGACAUCAUGGGUAAAAAAUUAUUAAGCCUUCUGCCUGAUGAAGAGAAAAAUGAAGUCUCCCAAAAGAUUGCUGUCCAACUUUCUUUGUCAAACUCAGAAAAACAUAUUGAUUUUUGCUGUCAUUUAAAAAGAGGAGGUGCUGAACAUGGUAGCAGCCCUGCUUAUGAAUAUGUGAAAUUCAUCCUGAGUAUAAAAGAUAUUUCUAGUGAGCCUUUGGUGCUCUUCUCUAGCUCCUUCCCCAACCAGUCCUGUGAGUCGUCUGCCACAAAUCUUUCUUUGGAGGAUCGGUUUUAUCUGGUGGGGACCGUUUGUAUCCUCAGGACUGAAACUCUAAGGGACCUUUUCAUUGUAAAGGAGUCCGGUGAAGAUGUUCUGCUGGCCCCAGAUUCGGAUGAGGAGCAUCAACCUGUGGACCACAGAAGUGUUCAAGGCCAAAGAAGAAGUUCUAGAAUGGAACACCUGCAUGCCGAACCUGAUGCUCCUGCCUCAGAAGGUCAAGUUGGUGGUGUAGAGGUUGACCAGUAUGGAUCACAAGAAUUUGUUCGUGUCAUUAAAAGAAAGUCUGUUAUACAUUAUGACUCCAGCACAUCCACCUCGGAAACCAUACCUGAAUUGCCAGCAACACCAUCUUUGCUGAGCUUUGAAUUCAGACGUGAGGUGGGACAUAUGGAGCAGGUGGACCAGAUGGGUGAGAUGGAGCAGGUGGAUGAGGAGGAAGAGGUGGACGAGGUGGACCAGGUACACCAGGAGGACGAGGAGACCCUCUCGUCCCAGAGUGUCACUACUGACAUCACUGAUGAGUCACUAUGCCUACCGCCAUCCAUCAUACAGUACAUCAUCAGACGGGAGCGGAAGCUGAGGAAGAAGUUCUGGGAGCAUCUGGGGAAGAUGGCGCAGCUGCUGCAGAGUGAGAUCCAGAGCCAGAGCCAAGUGCUGGAAAUAUUGAAGGAGGAGCUCCAGGAAGUGCAGGAUUCCAAGUUGCAUAUGCAGCCGUUUACCUCACGCCACAUUCACAGUCCUGACCCCCAGUCUUUGGAGCCAGUGCCCAAGAAACAACGCAUUGAGCCGAUGAACAGGCCCUUCCCAGACCACAGGGAGGCCAAGCAUUUCUGUGGUUCAUGUUCAUCCCACUGCUUCCAAUUUCCUGAGGAGCUUGAGGAGCCCUGUGACGCCUCUUCCCAGCAGCCCGCUCAGGAGGUGGUGCAAUACAUGCAACAGCAGGAGAGGCUGCAGGAGCAGUCAGAGCAGCAUAAUGUUACUGUGGAAAACCCUGUGCUGCAAAUACUCCUGCCAUGCGAACCUGGUCAAUUAGUAGCUGAGCAACAGCUCUCCAGCAGCUCUCAUGGUGAAAACCCUUGGGGCCAGGAAGACAGGAGUCAUAGUUUUCUUCCUGAGGACCAGCAGGGUCCCUGCCUGAAUCCAAUGCUCUUGGUACAUAACCAAAGCUCUGAGAUGAUUUCUUCUACCACCAUCCCUCAGUUUCAGAUAAGUUCUGACCCAAACUUAGUCACGCUGCGGAUCCCAGAGUGUUUUAUCCAACUUCAGCAACAGCCACAAGACCCACAGCAUCACGCUUACCUCCAAGUUAAUUCUUGGCCUUCCAGUGAGCAGGCCUCCCUGCAGGACCAAGUUACCUGGAUCCAGGCGCCAUCCACUGAGGCAGAAGUCCCGGACCCUACAGGUCUACAGACUUCCCAAGACCACGCGGAAUACGAGCCAGGCCAAAUCUACUACUACAUUCCUGUGGAGGAGUCCAACUUGCACGAGUAG